GAGCGCGCGUGCGCUCUAACACACACACUUGUUGUUAGCAGAUUACAGAAAUGCCUCCUUGGAUGUUCUGGUACAGUCCUUUGAGGGCCGCAAAGAAGAGAUCUCUUACCCUUUCGGCAGCAGGAGGACUAGAAAUGGUCUUUAAGUCAUUUAAUACUCUCAGGUGAGCUUCGAGAUUGGGGAGUGGUUGAAGCUCCCUGAUUCGUACUCCUGUUGGGAAAAGUCUUGUCGAUGAACUUUUGGAAGGUGUUGCCCUUGAGGGCUAGAGGCCAGGACCUCUGAGGUCCUUAAUAAGCUUGGCCUCUCCUAAAGCCUUCUUGAUUUUGCUCUAAUGUAAGGAAUAAACUACAGCCCCCAGAGUCACUUAGGGUUAACAGCACGCCUUCCGGGGAUUUUAGUAUUUCCGGCGGAAGUUGCCGCCGCUACGCCAAUCGCCUUUCCUAAACAAAGUGGACUACAAUUCCCACUGUCCUCCGCGCCCGGGGGUGGGGAAGGGAACCGGAAACCGGAUGGAGAGCUGAACCAGGUGGCAGUGACAUGGCGGUGCCCCAGGCUUAUCCACUGGGGCCCCUCCAUGAACCCACAAGCGCCCUAAUGGAGCCCCAGCCUUGCCCACGAAGCUUGGCUGAAGGCUUCCUGGAGGAGGAGCUGCGGCUCAACGCUGAACUGAGCCAGCUGCGGUUCUCGGAGCCCGUGGGCCUCAUCUACAAUCCCGUGGAGUAUGCAUGGGAGCCACACCGCAGCUAUGUGACCCGUUACUGCCAGGGCCCCAAGGAAGUGCUAUUCCUGGGCAUGAACCCAGGACCCUUCGGCAUGGCCCAGACUGGGGUGCCCUUUGGGGAAGUGAGCAUGGUCCGGGACUGGCUGGGCGUUGGGGGGCCCGUUUUGCCCCCUCCCCAAGAGCACCCGAAGCGCCCCGUGCUGGGACUGGAGUGCCCUCAGUCAGAGGUGAGCGGGGCCCGGUUCUGGGGCCUUUUCCGGAAACUGUGUGGACAGCCCGAGGUCUUCUUCCGGCACUGUUUUGUCCACAAUCUGUGCCCUCUGCUCUUCUUGACUCCCACGGGGCGCAACGUCACUCCCGCCGAGCUACCUGCCGAGCAGCGGGAACAGCUGCUGGGCGCCUGUGACUCGGCCCUCUGCCGGCAGGUGCAGCUGCUGGGGGUGCGGCUGGUGGUGGGAGUGGGGCGGCUGGCCGAGCAGCGGGCACGGCGGGCUCUGGCGGGCCCGAUGCCUAUGGUCCGGGUGGAGGGGCUCCUGCACCCCUCACCUCGCAGCCCUCAAGCCAACAGGGGCUGGGAGGCAGCGGCCAAGGAGAGACUGAGUGAGCUGGGGCUGCUGCCGCUGCUGACAAAAUAAGUGCCCGCGUGGCCCGGCACAGGACACGUUCAGGGUCCCCUAGUCAUUCUGGGGCAGGCAGAGGACCACGUGCCUCCUGGACUGGAGCAACGGAGCUCCCCUGGGCUAGCCACCCCCUGGCUGCCGGGGACCCUGCGGCAGUUUUGACACUACUCUGGCUUGCUGCUUCCUUCACCUUCCUUCCGGCGCUGCCUCUGGUCACGCGGUCGCCCACUGCACAGAGACCCGGCAUCUGCAAACCGCUCUGCCUCGCUGUUGCCUUGGGAGUCUCUGCUCGGCUGAGAGUGGCCUGAACGGUGACUUCUGAGGUCGAAUUUGCUGUGUUAGAGCAAAGAUCUUGCCGAGAUCCCGCCCCCUCAUAGAACAGCUUCCUUCAAGCUGAGCCUUUUCCUCACAGGGACCAGGACAGAGCAAAGGGCACGGACGUUGAGAGUAGACCUCCCGCGGGAGACUGGCGGCUGGAUCAGAGAAAGAGUUCAGUGUGGCAGA